AUGAAGAAACUUGACCUAUUCACAAAAACUAAUCCAGACAUUGCCAGGCAAACAGUGCUAGGAGGUAUUUUUACAAUCUUUGCAUUUUCUUCCAUGCUUUUACUUUUUCUAUUUGAGCUGGAUUCUUUCAAAUAUCCAUCCAUUUCUAAACAAAUUACAAUUGUCCCUACAGAACUAGCCAAGGUUGUUAACAUUUCUAUUGAUAUAACGAUACCCAAAUCUCCCUGCCUAUUACUCACAGUAGAUUGACAAGAUAUAAUUGGAUCUUAUGAAGAAGAUUGCAAAUCUAUAUAGUUCAUGCACCGAUAUAUAUUCCCAUCAUUGAAAAUGUAACUGUUCUAUUGGACUUCAAAUCUGUACUUCUUAUACAAGAAUCCUAAUACUUACUCCCCCCCCUCCGUGAGUGAACAAAAAAAUUUUGUUCACUCACGGAGGGGGGUUAAUUUUUUUUUUUUUUAAAAAAAUUUAUAUAUAAAUUUUAUAAAAAAAUAUUUUUUUCGAAAUUUAAAAAAAAUCCUAAUUCGCAAAAAUUGGAAAGCAAAUAUUAAAUUCAAUUUGCAAAAUUUAUGUUUUAAAAAGCAAUUUGUUUAAAAAUAAACAGAAUUAGCUCUAUAUUUCAUUAUAAUAAUUAUCAUUUAUAUAUCAAUUUUUUUCCAUAAAAAGUUUUGUAUUAAAAAAAUUUUUGUUCACUCACGGAGGGUGGGUUUUUGGGCAAAAAAUAGGGAUUUUUCUAAUGGUUUUGUUCACUCACGGAGGGGGGGGAGUUAGAAAAUAUUAAGAGAUAUAAUAAAAUAUUAUAGUUUUAAGCUAGUUUAAUAUAGUUUUAUAUGAGUUUUUUUAAAUGAUUAAAACAAUAAUUUUAAAAUUUCAACCAAAAAAAAUACUAUAAAACUUACAAUAAAGCUUAAAAUCAAAAAAUUAAUCCUUCCUUUGUUUGCAAACAAAUUUUUGUUCGCUCACGAGGAAAUAUCUUGCACAUCUUAUAUCAGACCCCUUAUUUUAGAAAUAUUCAGGCUUUAAUUAAAUUAUCAUUAAUUUCAAACUGGCUUAAUCAGUUUUUGAAUAUUUUUUUUAAAUAAGUAUGAAAAUUUAUUUUAAUGAUUCCCAUGAAGUUGGUAAAACGAGCUAAAUCCCCUAAGUCCAUUAGAACGGUUAUAUUUUCAAUGAUGACAAUUUAUAUCGGUGUAUGAGCUAUACACAAGGAUAGGAUAGACGAAGAAGGCAAAAAUAUUCCUGGCAUCUUAAAUCUAACAUAUAACAUUAUUUUUAAUUAAUUAUAAUAUUCUUAAUGUACAACCAAAUUGCCUAUUCAUUAUAAAAAUAAUAUGAAAAUAUAGAAAAUGCUGUAGAGGACUUAGAAGGAUGCCACAUAUGAGGCACAAUCCCAGUACUGACUGUCCCAGGGAAUUUUCAUAUAGGUUUUCAUGCGCAUGAAAACCUAUUACAUAGCCUGCCUAGUGAUAUUUUAUCUGAGCUUUCCCUAGAACACACAAUAAAUUCCAUUCAAAUAGGUGACGAAAAGUGGAACGAAAAAAUUGGAAAAUAUUUCAAUAACAGUGAGAUAAAAAUGAAAAAAUAUUUUAAAGAAACCUUUGAGGAAGAGGAGCUUGGAUUUAGGCAUGAGCAUGUGAUGAAAAUAACACCUGUGCAAUAUGAAGCUGAAAAUGAAAUAUAAAAUCUAUUAGAAUAAAUAAAAUAUUUCUAUUUUUGCCGUUUUUAUAUUUUCUAUAUAAAUACAAUCUCUAUUAAUGUUUUAUAUUUACUGCAAAUGGCAUAUAAUUUUUAUGAGUUUUCAAUGAAUUCUUUGUCAAGUAGGUCGAGCUCAGAAGUUAGCACGAUUUAUUAUAGAUAUGAUUUUGAUUGUAUUUCAAUGAAAUACUCAAUAGAAGAGAAAUUUACUUCGCAGUUUAUUAUCACACUUUGCUCGAUUUUGGGUGGUAUUUUUUCAUUAAUCAGCUUUAUAGAUAUACUAAUAGAUAAAAAUUAA